GCGCCAAAUCUGUGCAUUAUACGCUCGCUCAUGCAGCAAGACAAUCACCGUGCCGUUGCAACUAUCCAGCGCUGAGUACCGGUACCCCAUCCAGUUCGGCCGCUCAAGCCAUACCGCUCGGCCCGCCGCCCGCCCCGCGGCCGUGCUGCUGACGUAUCUGGUAUGCUACAGCUAUCCGCAAGUUUAGUGGUUCUGAUUCGCUGGUGUUGUUGAUAUGACGUGCAAUCUUUUAAUGACCUAUUUGAGAUGAAAGUUGAUCCUGAAAUAUGUCGGAAUCACAAGCAUCGCCAACCCUUGAAAGUGCAGCCAGUUCCCAAGCCCCUUCCCCCGUCACGGGCGCACCAAACGCACCGAGGUACGGAACAAUCAUUCCCAACAGGAUAUUCGUCGGUGGAAUCGCAUUUGGCCAGACAAGCGAUGCAGAGCUCAGGAAUUUCUUCUCGGCGUACGGUCACGUCAAAGAGGCAAAGAUUAUCGCAGACAGAGCAGGGGUGUCAAAGGGGUAUGGUUUUAUCACAUUUGAGACUGCAGAGGAAGCACAUAGAAUACUAAAAGAACAUGCCAACAGUUUAGUGUUCAAAGAGAAGAAGCUAAACAUUGGGCAAGCAAUAAGAAAACAGCCUAUCAAAUACCCCAAAGAUGUGGAUCCAGCCCUUAUUCCAAGUGGGAUGGUGUUCCACUCACCGAGCGGUGCAUACAGCUAUACAUACCAUAAUGGAGUUGCGUACUUCAACCCAGGCGGUGACGUACAGUCGGCCAGCCAUCCAGUUCAGACAACAAUAGCUACCCACCACCAUCCACAGCAGACACAGCCCCAGUAUGCACCGUACACCGUCCCAUUUAUGCUGCCCCCUCCAGGACCACAGCAUUACAUGACGAAUCAGCAUCAACAGUUUGCCUUCCAACAGCCCCAGCCAGUCAGACAGACUGCUCCACAGUAUCAGACGCAGUGGAGAUGGGUUCCAGCACAGGCCCCUCCUGCCGCAGCGGUGAACGGCAGCAUGCUUCCAGUCUCUCCUAUCUAUCCCAGCCCUCCGCAGCCCCAUAGCCAUGAGGUCAUCUACCAGCAGGCUCAUCAUUAUCAGUCACCGGAGAUCACAGAGGUACCCAUUAUGGAACCCUCACCAGCAGAGGGCACAACUGUAGUACAGACUGGCGAGCACUCAAACAUGCCAACACAAGUCAUUACUCGCCAUCAGCCCUACAUAGGGACAGUCUCCGAACUCCAGGGGACGUACACAACCUCCUAUGACCCCAACAGCAUCCCAAACUCAAUCGUCCAGAAGGUUACACCCAAGUUCACGGGCAAACGCCCCAUAAAGAUGCCGAGACGCGGGGACCGCGCCGUCAAGACCAUCCGGACCGACAUCCCAGGCCAACCCGGCACCUCCCCCAUCGGUUACCCGACCAUGAUGAUGGCGGCCCCACCCAGAAUGGACGAGGCGAUGAUGAUGGCUGGCCCCACCCAAUAUGGCAACUCGACUCACAUGGGAAAUGCCACCCAUGUGUCGGGAGGCGGGGACAACUAACUCGUAACCUACACCUUUUCUAUCCCACACCCAUUUUAGAAGUGUACAUGUCGGUCCCAUCAUAGUAAUGCUUGAAGUGUUGACAGAGGCUAUUAAAUAGGUGCCUAAACUUAUUGUCUAUGUGCAGGUGUAUGUUUCAAAAGUGCCUGCUGUAAACAUACUGUCAUUUAUAAUGUGAAGUUGAAAAUCUUUUUUUGAAAUGGCAGUAUUUUACUUCUUAGAUUGCUGUAUAUAUUUCAUUCAAAGUUUAGAUAUGUUUAAUACAUAAGAAGAUCAGAAUUGUAUCUGAUACAUCUUUUUGUAAGUCUAAUCAGUUAGAUCAUAGAUGUCUUUUUUUCCAAUCAGGGUAUAUGCAACCAAGUGUCUUCCAUGAAUUUUCUCAAAGAAAAUUUGUCUUGCAAUUACGGGAUAUGGGACUAUCAGAAGUAGUUAUGUGCAAAAGGCUUUGAUAAAGAAAAUUCUACGGGUUUUGGAUUGGUGUUAUACAGUAAUGAGUAUUUUGCAUAAGUUUGAUCGCAUCUGUCUGCCACUCAGUCAACAGAUAUUGAUGUGUGCUCAAAGGAUGUAGUGUCAAAUGAAGAAAAUUAUAUACCUUGUGCCAAGUCUUGCAAGUGUAGUCAAACAAUUACAUGUACAGUAGUGUGAGCUUUCUUGUUUAAUAUCAUAUUAAAAAAAGACAAAAAGCUGAAAUCCUUGCCACAUUUUGUGCUUAAACGAAAUAUAAAACUUUUGUGAGUGUAAUAAAACAAAUUAUGUGUGCUCUUGUUAUUUCAGCGAGA